GAACUACUACGAUGAGACAGAAAAUCCGCAGCUGGGGGGCUGCGGUGACGGCCCGACGCGGUCGCGCGACGGCCCUAUAAUAUUAUAUCCACUGCUCACUUCAUUCAGUGAGCCUGUGACCGUCGGGGCGGGUCGUCACUGCAACGUAUCAAUAUUUUCAUCACAAAAUACAGUGUAUUUAUUAUUUACUGUAGGGCGACCCGAUACCUUACCCGACGAAGUACUUAAAUAAUCCAGCAAAAUGUUACAUCUCAAGAAUAUCGCCAAAACAGUGGUCCCGCCCCUAAAGAACUCCAUCCAAAAUGAAGCCGUCAAUAACAUGGUCAGAAUCGCACCCGCCGCUGUGAACGUCUGUUGCCGUACAUACGCCAGUCAUGAAAUUCCAGACAGGCUUAAAGAAAUUCCUACAAGUGCUAAUCCCAGAUUCUUCGACAUGGUGGAAUAUUUUUUCCAUAGAGCCUGUCAGGUAGUCGAAGAUAAAUUAGUAGAAGAUAUGAAAUCCAGAGUUUCAAAUGAAGAGAAGAAAAAGAAGGUUGCCGGUAUUCUGAAGCUGAUGCAGCCGUGUGAUCAUAUUCUGGAAAUCCAAUUCCCUCUGAGGCGCGAUUCUGGCGACUAUGAAAUGAUUCUUGGUUACAGAGCGCAACAUUCUUCGCACAGGACACCAACAAAAGGAGGUAUUCGAUUCUCAACGGAUGUGACGAGGGACGAGGUAAAGGCGCUGUCUGCCCUGAUGACAUUCAAGUGCGCGUGCGUCGAUGUGCCUUUCGGCGGCGCGAAGGCUGGCAUCAAAAUCAACCCCAAGGAGUACUCUGAGCAUGAACUGGAGAAGAUCACGCGACGAUUCACUCUCGAACUCGCCAAGAAAGGCUUUAUUGGGCCAGGCGUGGACGUGCCCGCCCCGGACAUGGGCACCGGCGAGCGCGAGAUGUCGUGGAUCGCGGACACUUACGCCAAGACCGUGGGGUACCAGGAUAUCAACGCUCAUGCUUGCGUCACCGGCAAGCCCAUCAACCAGGGUGGCAUCCACGGCAGAGUGUCGGCCACCGGCAGAGGCGUGUUCCACGGCUUGGAAAACUUCAUCAACGAGGCCAACUACAUGAGCAUGAUCGGCACAACCCCCGGCUGGGGCGGCAAGACCUUCAUCGUGCAAGGUUUCGGUAACGUGGGCCUCCACACGUGCCGCUACCUCGUGCGCGCGGGCGCCACCUGCAUCGGCGUCAUCGAGCACGACGGCGCCAUCCACAACCCCGCGGGCAUCGACCCCAAGGCUUUGGAAGACUACAGAAUCGACAACGGCACCAUCGUGGGCUUCCCAGGGGCGAAGGCCUACGAAGGGGAGAACAUGUUGUACGAGAAGUGCGACAUCUUGGUACCCGCCGCCGUCGAACAGGUCAUCCAUAAAGAAAACGCACAUAAAAUUCAGGCUAAGAUCAUAGCAGAAGCCGCCAACGGCCCCACAACACCGGCGGCCGACAAGAUCCUGAUCGACCGCAACAUCCUGGUCAUUCCGGAUCUGUAUAUCAACGCAGGAGGUGUCACUGUCUCCUUCUUCGAGUGGCUCAAGAACCUCAACCACGUCUCGUACGGACGUCUCACCUUCAAAUAUGAAAGGGAAUCUAACUACCACUUGUUAGAAUCCGUACAAGAGUCCCUGGAGAGGCGCUUCGGUCGCGUGGGCGGGCGCAUCCCCGUGACGCCGUCGGAGUCCUUCCAGAAGAGGAUCUCCGGAGCCUCCGAGAAGGACAUCGUGCACUCCGGACUGGACUAUACUAUGGAGAGGUCCGCCAGGGCCAUCAUGAAGACUGCCAUGAAGUUCAACCUGGGCUUAGAUCUGAGAACAGCUGCGUACGCGAACUCCAUUGAGAAGAUCUUCACGACAUACGCGGACGCCGGCCUUGCAUUCUAAACUCAUAACAUUAAAGUAAAGUAUUGUCUGCAUUUUAUAGGCUUCAUUUUAGACCCUAAUGCACUUAAGUAUAACUUUUAAGACAUUAUAUUCACAGUAUUUUUAUUUGUUGAAAUAAAUCAUGGCUUUUUUACUUUAUUACAAGCGAAACGUUUUGUUGAAAGUAAGUGAAAAUUUAAUUUUCUAAUUGUAUUGUCUUGAAUUUUAAAUAAAAUAUUGUUUUACUGUUA